CUUUUUUUUAGAGCUGCUUCUUUUUUAGAGCUUCUUCUUUUUGGGAUAAAACAUCACGGUGGACUUCUAAUUUUUUUUUGUUUUUUGGUCGUCAGACUGCCAACAAUUGCAUCAUUUUUUGUGAAUUUAUCGCUUCGCAUAAACUUCAGCGCAAUUCGGAUUCUUUUUUACAUUCUGCUCGCUUUUUUUUUCUUGUUGCUUUCUUUUGCUUUUAAACUAUCCUUUAUUCUCUUUUAUCUCUCGUCACCAUGUCGUCGUCUGUCAUCAAUCUGAUUACGGCUGCUGUGGAGGAAAAAGAAAAGGGCAUAGUGAACCACGAGCUCAUAAAAUGAUGAUAAUGCAUAGGCUAUCCUUCAAGUCAUGGUGAUAGUCUUUUGUGGUUUCAUCUUAACACGAUACGGAUACUUUGAUAUGAGCAAUCAAAAGUGGCUUUCACGUAUCAAUAUGGUGUUUUUUACUCCAUGUCUUUUAUUUUCCAAUAUUGCCUCGGUUAUCUCCAUGGAAAAAUUGAUUGGUUAUUGGCCAAUCCCAUUCUUCUUUGUCGUUUUUCAGUCAUUAUCAUGGAUCCUCAGUCAAAUUGGCACUCGGCUGUUACGCAUCGAACCCGGCUAUCGUCCUUUUGUCUUGGCAUGUGUUAUGUUCUGCAAUACCAAUUCAUUACCCAUUGCUGUUAUCUCCAGUUUGGCCGUCUCGGAAGCAGGCAAAAUCUUGUACUGGGAUGCGGAUGAUACGCAGGAAGCCGUAGCAGCAAGAGGGAUCUCGUAUGUCCUGUUCUUUGCCAUGUUCUGCAACCUGAUUCGCUGGUCCUAUGGGUAUAAUCUGCUUCAACCACCCGAAGGGCAACGGGACGAUGUCGUGGCCGAAUACUCGAAUGAGGACAAUUCGUCCCAUGGUGAUUACGGCAGCAUGACAAGAAAACCGUCGGGAUCGUCAUCCAGCGAUCUUGAGCAAGGCAUUGCCACGCACGGAUCUAAUUCCACAUUGACGGAGACUUCUUCCAACGAAAGUUCGGGAAAACCGACCAAGCACCAUAAGAACAACAACGGGCCGACCAAUGAAACCAGCAGCCUACUUUCUUCCUUUCCAACGUUACCGCAUGAUGAACCAGAACAACCGCGCCGUCACUUUCUCUCGAAAAUGCCAGGUUAUCAAACGGUGGUCACCAUUUUAGUAUAUAUCAACAGUUACAUGUCUCCGCCCAUGUAUGCUGCGUCUCUCGCUCUUGUGGUGGGCUUGAUUCCGCCACUCAAACAUCUCAUGUAUGCGUCUGAAUCCUUCCUCUACCCUUCGGUGACCAAAGCCAUUGAAUCGUGUGGCAAAGCCGCGGUACCCAUCAUCCUGGUUUGUCUCGGUGCCCAGGUUACCUGCAUCCAACAAGGUGACCAUCCGUUCCCGCCAUCGAUGAAAAAGCCGGUGUUCUCGGCCAUCUUGAUACGCAUGAUCGUCGCUCCGUUGUUUGUUAUCCCCAUCGUUACGGCAUUUGCGUAUUACGGUCGACAAUGGUCGUCGUUGGCUGAAGAUCCUCUAUUCAUCGUGACCAUGAUCAUCGUCGGCUGCACACCUACCGCUAUCAAUCUGUCGCAAAUCACCCAAGUCAGCGGCAUGUUCGAAGAGGAAAUGCUCCACGUCUUAUCCUGGAGCUACGGAGUCGUGUGCGUACCGGUUUGCACCACCAUUGUAUUCCUCGCCUUGCGCAUCGUCGACAGUAUCGAUUAAAUAUCGUUCCACAUAUUCUUAGUUUUGUUGUCUCCACUGUUUGUUCUUUUUCUCAUUUUUCUCCCAUUCCUUCAUCCUGUAUGGUCUACACUGUCCCAUUUCCUGUAUAUAUUUCCUUUUGUCUUUGAUGAUCACUCUGUCGG